UUUCAAAAACGUUUUUGCUUUGUCAUUAUGGGAAUCAAUUUUAGAAUGGGGCUAUAAUUUAACAAAAUAUGGAGCAAGUCAAGGGGUCUGAAUACUUUCUGAAUGCACUGUAAGGUUAACAAUGACAUUUUAAUACUCAAGCACUGAUUUAAAAAGAAAACACAUAGGAUAAUGAAGAUGAUGCUAAAGGUAGGUUCCAUGGCAUGGAGAAGGUUAUAAUGACAUGUAUUACUGAAUUCCAGCGAUUUAAAUGUAUCAAAAUGAGGUGGUCGUAGGAGAGUGUGUGUGUACUCUUGUCAGGCUUCAUCUUGGGUUUCUUGUGGGAGAGACUCUUGGCGUUACACAACGGACAGAUAGGAGCGUUAUGAUGGAACUGUUGAUGGCAUGGCAGACAGGAAUAGGAUACAUUUACAUUUUUGUAACUUAGCAGACGCUCUGCAAUAAGUGCAUUCAUUUGAAGAUAGCUAGUUGAGGCAACUACUUCAGUCUUAGGUAUACUUUUCCUGAAAUAAAGUCAUCAGCAAAGUCAGUGUCGUAGGAAAAUACACGUGCGGGUUAUACAUUUUUUUUACAAAUGUAAUGUAGUAAUGUGACAUAUAAGCGAACAAAUGAAAGUGUAGUUUAAAGUAUCGUUGUUCUUUCUUUUUAGAUCCUUUUCAUGAUCUAAUCCCACUCCAGUACGAUAGGUGGCGGUAGGGAGUCACUGUUGACGCUGAACUCGCUACAAAUAAAUGGUUCUGUUGUGGUUAUUCGUGUGUAAACAAUUGAGUUGCUAGCAGUCUUUAUAAUCUCUUAGCUGGCGAAUUAUUCACACAGUUUGUAGAUACACAAUUGGAACAACACUUUUUUGAAUUUCUUGCACGUUUAAGGUUAGAUUUGUAUUUUCACGUCGUAGUUUUUGUUGCACUUUACUACAACGCCAUUCGUUUCGGCUUGCUAGCGUUUUGUUCUGCAGCAGAACGGCUCUGAAGCCCGUUUAGCUACUAUAGAUAGUUAACGUCAACCCGAUUCUCGUCAUCUCUUCUGAUUUACGUGACUGUUGUCCGUCAAUCGAUCAGAAAAUCCUGAAAAUAUUAUAUCAUAGUGGCCACUUUUUUCUUUGAUAUUAGUUCGGUUUGGUCAACCUUUGAAGACUUACGUUAGCCAUUCUUGUCGGCUUCACAGUCAGCGGUCGCCGGUUUUGAGCCCAUUAUGGACCUUCACAAGAUAAUCCACGAUACCCUGCAGGAGUUCAUUCAGACAUGCAUUCCCGAAGCAGACCUGAGUUCUCUGGAUGAUGUGUUGCUUCCCUACAUCACUGGAGUCCUGGAGGACCUGGGAUCUCGGGAGAGCGUGGAGGAGAACUUUGACGUGGAGGUCUUUGUAGAAAUGCUGGAGGCCUACAUUCCUGGCUUUGCUGAAAUUGACAGUGUUAACGUUUGUGAUAUGAUGUUCAGCCUGGCUUCAAAACUAGCCACAGCCCGGAGUUCAGAAAAUAGUGUGCCAAAGGCUAGAAUGGAGGUCCCACUGACAGUCAGCGCUACCUCCACUGGGCCUCCUGUGAGGGAGAUGCACUGCCUUACUACACAGACUGAGGGGGCCACCGCCAAGGUGCCAUUCCCUGAGUGGGAGGCCCAGGAGCCGCUCCUUCUGGAGAUGUUCCCCAAGUGCAGACUAUCAGAGGCCAGGAGUGCGUUGUCCAUUGCUAAAGGUGACAUGGAGGAGGCUGUCCGCCUCAUCAUCGAAGGAGACAUCCAGCUCAGCCACACGCCUCUAAACGUAAACCAUGGGAAGAUGGGUUCCCCUCAGGCAGAGCAGAAGAUGAAAGAGAGCAUCCUGGAGAAGUACAUGCUAGUGGACAGAGAGGAGGAUAAGAAAACACACAGGCCUGUUGCACCUAAAGAUGCCCCUAAGAAACUGGUGCGUUACCACAGCAACCAGGUGGUGACCACAAAAGGGGAGCGGUACCAACUGGUGAAGAAAGAGGAGACGGAGGAGGUGAAGAAAACUUACGUCAGCAUCAAACCCGCACGCAAAUCCAGAUUCCAUUGAUGACUGACCGGCACUCUUCUGGAACACCAGCCAUUGACUUGGUUGUUUACAUCCUUUCUGAAUGCCUUGUUUUUUUUGUUUUCCUGGUUAUGGAAAAUGUUUGUUUUUGGUAUGUAAGUGUCUGAUUUGAAAAGUGUGUGGCCAUCGUCUUGCUUCGACUAUAAUUUCUCCUUUGCAGUGAUUCUCUGGCAUCAUUGUUCUGUUCUCUAGGUGGGUCAUGAUGUGCUCCUGUAGUGGGCUGGCUUGAACAACUGCUACAUUUGAUUCUCUUAUGUCCAAACUGUGUACUGUUUUUUUUCUCCAUUUCAGCAGGUCUGACAUGGUACAGAUUUUUGGGGGUCAGAUAUAAUUGUUAUUGGUAUUUUUCCUGGCAGGGGGACUUAGCGAUUUGGGGCCUGUUUCAAAACACUAUUUUCAGUACUCUAUCGCAAUACCUUAUUCCUCAUAUAAGGGUAAGUUUAGUCCUUUCAGCCUGUGUACCCAUUUUUUUACUAAAAUAAAAAAAAUAUAUAUAUCUUUUUUAAACUAAAAUAAGUUAAUGGCGAACACAUAAACAAGCGGCGCCAUGUUGGAGGAAGUUGUUCCUUAGACUGGAAGUGGUAUUUCCCGCAGCAUGAAAAGGGCCUUUUUUUACUAGCAAGGCACUGGAGAUCUACUUCUGGAGAAUGAUAACCCAGGUCAACAAUCAGCUGAACCCAGAAACUACAGGAGAGAGGGAGUGGAGAGAGAGGGGGGAAGAGCAGUCCUCUGAGGGAAGGGGAGGCAGGGGUUGCAGAGUGAGACGUGGAGGAGGAUGGUCAUACAAGUACACAGAGACCAACCAAGAAAGGAGAGGGGAAGCACCCAACCCUAAAGGACAGAGAGAGAGACAGGAGCCAGGGCUGCAGAGGCAGUGAGAGUCUGUGGACCUUGCAAGAGCAAGGAAAGGACCAACUCUGCUGCCCAGACUGGGACCCAGCUGGUCUCCCUACAGCUCAUCUCUGCCCUGCUGCCCAGACUGGGACCCAGCUGGUCCCCCUACAGCUCAUCUCUGCCCUGCUGCCCAGACUGGGACCCAGCUGGUCCCCCUACAGCUCAUCUCUGCCCUGCUGCCCAGACUGGGACCCAGCUGGUCUCCCUACAGCUCAUAUCUGCCCUGCUGCCCAGACUGGGACCCAGCUGGUCCCCCUACAGCUCAUCUCUGCCCUGCUGCCCAGACUGAGACCCAGCUGGUCCCCCUACAGCUCGUCUCUGCCCUGCUGCCCAGACUGGGACCCAGCUGGUCUCCCUACAGCUCAUCUCUGCCUUGCUGCCCUGACUGGGACCCAGCUGGUCUCCCUACAGCUCAUCUCUGCCUUGCUGCCCAGACUGGGACCCAGCUGGUCUCCCUACAGCUCAUCUCUGCCCUGCUGCCCAGACUGGGACCCAGCUGGUCUCCCUACAGCUCAUCUCUGCCCUGCUGCCCAGACUGGGACCCAGCUGGUCUCCCUACAGCUCAUCUCUGCCCUGCUGCCCAGACUGGGACCCAGCUGGUCCUCCUACAGCUCAUAUCUGCCCUGCUGCCCAGACUGGGACCCAGCUGGUCCCUCUACAGCUCAUCUCUGCCCUGCUGCCCAGACUGGGACCCAGCUGGUCUCCCUACAGCUCAUAUCUGCCCUGCUGCCCAGACUGGGACCCAGCUGGUCUCCCUACAGCUCAUAUCUGCCCUGCUGCCCAGACUGGGACCCAGCUGGUCUCCCUACAGCUCAUCUCUUCCCUGAAGCUCCAGACAUUCACAGAGGAGAUGAGAUGGGCCAUGGACACGGAGCUGCAUGACCCAUCACUGUGUGGAGUGUGUGUGCAGCAGCAGGCAGCUUUGUCCCUAAACACCUUCAUCAGGAGGAAGACUACUCAACUAGACACUAACAUACUGGAGGAUAAACUACACACACACCUCUAUAACAGGGACGCAGUGGGAGAAUCUCAAUUUCAUACUCCUCUCGCCGCCUCCUCUAACCCCAUUGGAGGAGGUCAGAGAGGUGGUGCCUGUAGCUUUCUCAUCCAAUGGGUUUUGAGGAGACAGGGAAAGAGGACACCAGGAGAAUGCAAAUGAGGUUUUCCCAGUAUGUUUGUUGGGUGAGUUGCUGAGGAGCCUCCCCAAGCCCUCUGACUCCCCCAGCAGGAUCUGGGAACAACUGCAGCCCAGAGGAAGACAUAGCAACUUGGGGUUACCUUGGAGACAGAACAGGAAUCUGGAUGUACUCUGCCAACCCAAUGUCAAUGAAGGGGUUACCAUGGAGACAGAACAGGAAUCUGGAUGUACUCUGCCAACCCAAUGUCAAUGAAGGGGUUACCAUGGAGACAGAACAGGAAUCUGGAUGUACUCUGCCAACCCAAUGUCAAUGAAGGGGUUACCAUGAAGGCCCAGAAUGUUAACCUGACAGCAGUACAAGAACUGAGCUUAAGGUACCUUCGUACUGGCACUAUCAGCGUGUGGACAUAUCUGAAAUAUUUCCUACGUACUGCACUACUUCUGAUCAGAGCCCUGUGUGACCCAGCCUCUGACUUUCAUUGCGUGUCAUUGAUCAUGUGUAUUAUGAGAUUCAUCUUAUAAAAUAAAAUACAAUUCCAACUGCAGUACAAAA